CAUGAUUCGAACCCAGAAUCCUGAAAGUGCAGGUUUCACACGUUCUUCCUUGAUCAGCCUUCAGGUGGCGGUGUAAUGUUAAUGAACAUAAAAGUAGACGAAGAAGAAGGGGGUCUACACAGCUGAUUGUAGAACAACAUGCGGUUCCGAUUUUGUGGGGAUUUGGACUGCCCAGACUGGGUUUUAGCUGAAAUCAGCACGUUAGCACGAAUAUCAAGCGUCAAGAUGAAACUUCUGUGUGCGCAAGUGAUAAAAGACAUUCUCGACGAAGCCAUUGAUUAUGACAAGGUGGCGAAACUAACCUCUGAUGCAAAAUUUGAGAGUGGCGAUAUUAAAGCCAGUGUCGCUGUGCUGAGUUUUAUUCUCUCCAGUGCAGCAAAGCAUGAUGUUGAUAGUGAAUCUCUGUCCAGUGAACUUCAGCAACUGGGUUUGCCAAAAGAGCACACUACAGGGCUGUGUAAAUCCUAUGAAGACAAACACACUGUCCUGCAGGAGAAGCUAAAGGAGAGCAGUCUACGCUUGGGGCGUCUGGAAGCAGUAAACUGGAGAGUUGACUACCUGCUAAGCUCCAGCGAGCUAAAGGAGGUGAAUGAGCCCUCAGUACAGCUAAAGCUUAAGGCCCAGGACCAAGAGUCUGGUUCCACUGAGACCACUGUAGUCUCAAUCACUGCAGACAAGUUCAGAGUGCUCUUAACAGAACUUAAACAGGCACAAGCUAUGAUGAAUGCACUGCAAUGAGUCCAUCUUGUAUUAUGCUUUUUUCAUUUAUUAUAAAUAUGAAUCAUGUACACUUAGACUAGAAUCUAUCUAAACUGUAGGCUUUCAGUGCCAGUGGAAUUAAUGGGAAGAAGAAAACCUGGUGGUGUAAUUACCAAUUAUAAGGUGCCUCAGGUAUAUAGAUUUAUUCACUAUGAUCAGAUUAAAUCUUUUUUUAAUCAUAAAGUAAAUGUAGAACACUUUAUAUUAGUUGGUUAGGUGUUUCUGUACAAAGAUGUACAGACUAUAAAGCACAUCAAUACAAUACAGAGCUGUACACAGCCGGGUCUUUAACCUAAAGACUGAAAUAAGUUAUAUUACUUGAUCCAUUUUUCUUCAAGUCAUGUUAAGUUUUUUUAUCUUGAAAAUGUUUUGUAUUUUAUAGAUGACUGUUCAUCAAAUAAAUAAUUCAUCAAUAACAUGUUGC